AGUGGAGCUCUCGGUCCUAGUGGAGCUCCCUGUCCUAGUGGAGCUCUCGGUCCUUGGAGCUCUGGUCCUAGAGGAGCUCACGGUCCUAGAGGAGCUCCCGGUCCGAGCGGAGCUCCCGGUCCUAGUGGAGCUCCCGGUCCUAGUGGAGCUCUC